AUGGCAGACCCUAACAACAUCUCGCAGUACAAAUAUGCUGCUAUGUCCAACUUGGUCUUGCAGCACGAUAAACGUUUCUCUACCCGCCGCAAUGAUGAAGUCACAGGUGACCCAGAGUCCUUGGCAGGUCGCAUCAACAUUCGUGACAUGGGGUCGAGAGAUGCUCGUGAGAAUGCUCCCAAACAAAAGAAGAAGACAACCGAUCUCAAGGAUGUCGAGAGAGGCAGCAUCAGAGAGGGAGAGGAGGUGUUGAAGAGAGAACAGAAGAAGAGGAAGCGAGGCGAGCCGGAACAAAUGCGAGGGGCUGGCAUCCUUUCUGCGGCAGAUGCCCUGGUAGAAGGCUUGAAGUAUCGACCUCGGACUCCAGCAACACGGCAAACCUAUGAUCUUAUCUUGACAACGACUGCAAAUAAUCUGGGUGAUGUACCCCAUGAGGUUGUGAGAAGCGCCGCAGAUGCCAUACUUGAGCUUCUUAAGGACGAGAAUAUGAAGGACUUUGACAAGAAGAAGGAAGUUGAUGAUCUACUGGGUGUCACAAUGGAUUCAAAGGCGUUUAAUGAAUUGGUCAAUUUGGGAAAGAAGAUUACGGAUUACGAUGGCCAAGACGAGGAUGCGAAUAUGGACGACGACGGCGCCGGAAAUGCCGAGGAUGAUGUCGAACUGGACGAGAAACAGGGUGUAGCUGUAGUUUUCGACGAAUCGGACGAUGAAGAAGAAGGCGGUCCCGAGACUUUGGAGGUCAGAGAUGAGGACGAGCCUUCCUCAGAUGAAGAGGCGGAGAACGCCGAAACGCAGGUAGAUGACGCCGCUGCCGGUGGCGCAGAAGCAAGGGACCCAGUCGAAAUUACGGGAGACGGUGGAGAAAUGAUCAUUGACGGCAAUGCUGACGGGUCGACCACCAAAAUGGACCGAAAAGCGGAAAUGAAUGUUGUACCCGUAAGAGACAUAGAUGCAUACUGGCUACAACGACAAAUUGGUGUCAUCUACACCGAUGCCCAUGUCCAGCAAUCGAAGACUCAAGAAGCCCUGCAGCUUCUUUCCGGCAUCUCCGAAGAUGGAGAAGAAAAACCUUUAAGAGAGAUCGAGAAUGAGCUUAUGGAGCUGUUCGACUGGGAGCAUCAUGAGCUGGUUGAGAAACUCAUCAUGAACCGAGACAAGAUCGUAUGGGUUACUCGCUGGCGAAGAGCAGCGGAAGAUGGGACUGUCAGAGCUGCGCUGGAGCGCGAAAUGAUCGCAGAAGGUCACCGAGCUAUCCUCGAUGAGCUCGAAGGUCGGAAUGACGAGGAUGUCGAUGGGGUUUUGAAACCAAACAAGAAGCUCAAGCUUGACCUCAUGGACAUUGACGUACCAUCGGCAGCAACGGAUGGGGCGCUUGCCAAGAAGGAUGGAGCUUUGGUUGGAGGUCUGCAACCUAAGAAACUGAUCAACCUUGAGAAUCUAGUCUUCGAUCAGGGGAAUCAUCUGAUGACGAAUCAAAAUGUAAAGCUUCCCAACGGAACGACGAAGCGGACUUUUAAGGGUUACGAAGAAAUUCAUGUACCGGCUCCCAAAGCACGCAAAGAUGCCAGCGAGCGCAACAAUAUCCCGACAUCUGAUCUGCCAGAGUGGGCACGGCAAGGCUUUGGUAGCUCGAAAGAAUUGAAUCGUAUCCAGACAAAAUGCUUUCCCACAGCAUUUGGGAAUGAUGAAAACAUGUUAAUCUGUGCCCCGACUGGUUCUGGAAAGACGAACGUGGCAAUGCUAGCCAUGCUCCGCGAGAUUGGGAAGAACCGAAAUCCCGAGACUGGAGAGAUCAUGCUCGACGACUUCAAGAUUGUCUAUAUUGCUCCAUUGAAGGCUUUGGUUCAGGAGCAAGUAGGCAAUUUUGGGAAACGAUUAGAGCCAUACGGUGUAAAGGUCUCUGAGCUUACCGGUGACCGGCAACUUACCAAGCAGCAAAUUGCUGACACACAGAUCAUUGUCACAACGCCAGAGAAGUGGGACGUCAUUACCCGAAAGGCAACGGAUAUGAGCUACACCAACCUGGUCAGACUCAUCAUCAUCGACGAGAUCCAUCUUCUGCAUGAUGACCGAGGUCCAGUACUUGAGAGCAUAGUCAGCAGGACCAUCAGAAAAAUUGAACAAACAGGAGACCCGGUCCGGCUGGUAGGCCUAAGUGCAACCCUUCCCAAUUACCGAGACGUGGCAAGCUUUUUGCGUGUCGAUCCUAUCAAUGGUCUUUUCCAUUUUGAUGGAUCCUACAGACCAUGUCCUCUGCGUCAGGAGUUCAUUGGAGUUACAGACAAAAAGGCGAUCAAGCAGCUCAAGACUAUGAAUGACGUUUGCUAUACCAAAGUCAUGGAACAGGUUGGCCAGAACAAGCAUCAGCUAUUAAUCUUCGUACACUCGCGAAAAGAAACAGCAAAGACUGCUAGAUACAUCAAAGACAAGGCUCUAGAGAUGGAGACCAUAGGGCAAAUCCUUCGGAGCGAUGCAGCAAGUCGAGAGAUCCUCGAGGAAGAAUCUGGUCAGGUGAUGGAUAGGGACUUGAAAGAGCUGAUGCCCUACGGAUUCGGUAUCCAUCACGCCGGAAUGAGUCGCUCUGAUCGAAGCUCCGUCGAAGAUCUUUUCGCCGAUGGUUCGCUCCAAGUUCUUGUUUGUACGGCAACGUUGGCGUGGGGUGUCAAUCUCCCGGCUCAUACUGUCAUUAUUAAGGGCACCCAGAUCUACUCCCCCGAGAAAGGGAGCUGGGUAGAACUAAGCCCGCAGGAUGUUUUGCAAAUGCUCGGUCGUGCGGGGCGGCCUCAAUAUGAUACCUUUGGAGAGGGUAUCAUCAUAACGACCCAGAGUGAGAUGCAGUACUAUCUGUCGCUCAUGAAUCAGCAGCUUCCGAUUGAGAGCCAGUUUAUCAGCAAGUUAGCCGAUAACCUCAACGCAGAGAUAGUCCUCGGCAACGUCAGAACCCGAGACGAAGCCGUCGAGUGGCUGGGCUACACCUACCUAUUCGUGCGGAUGUUGCGCUCCCCUGGUCUGUACAGCGUAGGCGCCGAGUAUGAGGGAGAUAAUGCGCUUGAACAAAAACGCGUUGACCUUAUACACUCAGCUGCCGCGGUCUUGGAAAGGUCCAGUCUCGUCAAGUACGACAAGAAAACUGGCAAGCUCCAGGCCACAGAGCUUGGACGCAUCGCCUCGCACUACUACAUCACGCACACCUCCAUGUUGACAUACAAUCAUCAUAUCCAGCCAAUGAUCACUCCGAUCGAACUUUUCAGAAUUUUCGCGCUUAGUGAUGAGUUCAAGUACAUCCCAGUCAGGCAAGACGAGAAGCUUGAGCUAGCAAAGCUUCUAGGAAGGGUCCCAAUUCCAGUUAAAGAAAGCAUCGAGGAGCCACAUGCGAAGAUCAACGUAUUAUUGCAGGCUUUCAUCUCACGACUGAAGCUGGAAGGUCUUGCACUAAUGGCAGACCUGGUAUACGUUACCCAGUCCGCCGGCCGAAUCCUUCGAGCCAUCUUCGAGAUCUGCCUGAAGAAGGGUUGGUCGUCCGUAGCGAAGACUGCUCUAGACUUGUGUAAGAUGGCGGAGAAGCGGAUGUGGCCAACAAUGACACCUCUUCGACAGUUUCCAACCUGCCCGCGAGAGAUCAUACAGAAAGCGGAAAAGAUUGACGUGCCGUGGUCAGCAUAUUUUGACCUCGACCCUCCGCGCAUGGGGGAGCUUCUUGGGAUGUCAAAGUCUGGUAAAACGGUGUGUAGCCUUGUCCAAAAGUUUCCAAGGUUGGAAGUCCAGGCGCAAGUUCAGCCUGUGACAAGGUCUAUGCUCCGGAUUGAGCUUACAAUAACGCCUAACUUCGAAUGGGACGAGUCUGUGCACGGGAUAGCAGAGAAUUUCUGGGUUCUCGUUGAAGAUUGUGAUGGCGAGGAUAUACUGUUCCAUGACCAGUUUCUCUUGCGGAAGGACUAUGCACAAUCAGAGAUGAGCGAACACCUAGUGGAAUUCACCGUUCCCAUUACCGAGCCAAUGCCGCCGAAUUACUUCAUCACUGUGCUAUCUGACCGGUGGUUGCAGUCAGAAACGAAGCUUGCUGUGUCUUUCGAGAAGCUCGUCCUUCCAGAGAAAUUCCCUGCGCAUACGCCGUUGCUAGAUCUACAGCCUCUGCCUGUCGCCGCGCUGAAAAGGGAGGACUUUAAGGGACUUUACCCCCAAUGGGAAAAAUUUAAUAAAGUCCAAACCCAAGUAUUCAGCUCACUCUUCACCACGAAUGACAACGUCUUCGUUGGCGCACCCACAGGUACUGGCAAGACCGUAUGCGCUGAAUUUGCCAUACUCCGCCAUUGGUCAUCGCAGGUUAAAGGUCGAGCUGUAUAUAUCGCCCCAUUCCAAGAGCUCGUCGAUUUAAGGCUUGCGGACUGGCAAGAGAGGCUCGCAAAGGUUGCGGGUGGUAAACAGAUUGUCAAGCUCAGGGGCGAAACCACGGCUGAUCUGAAGAUCCUGGAAAAGGGCGACCUGAUACUAGCAACUCCAACACAGUGGGAUCUAAUUUCUCGUCAAUGGCAACGGCGGAAGAAUGUGCAGACCGUGCAGUUGUUUAUUGCAGACGAGCUGCACAUGCUAGGGGGCCAAGGAGGCUUCAUCUACGAAAUCAUCGUGUCGCGGAUGCACUACGUGGCGCUGCAGACCGAGAAUAACAUGCGCCUGGUUGGGUUGAGCGUCUCGCUUUCCAAUGCUCGGGAUGUUGGGGAAUGGCUUGGAGCCACGAAGCAUACCAUCUACAACUUCAGCCCUCACGUGCGGCCAGUACCGCUUGAAUUGCAUAUUCAAUCCUUUACUAUACCUCACUUCCCCUCAUUGAUGCUUGCGAUGGCUAAGCCGACCUAUGCUGCUGUCCUCCAGAUGUCUCCGGACAAGCCGGCCAUGAUCUUCGUUCCUAGUCGCAAGCAAACACGUGCUACUGCUCUUGACCUGCUUGCAGCUUGCAUAGCGGACGAUGACGAGGACAGAUUUCUGCACGCCGGCAUUGAUGAGAUAGCUCCGCUAUUGCAACGUGUCAACGAGACUGCCCUGGCUGACUCCAUAUCACAUGGUAUAGGGUAUUUCCAUGAAGCUCUAAGUAUGAACGACAAGCGCAUCGUCUCUCACCUCUACUCGAUUGGAGCUCUUCAGAUCAUGGUUGCUUCACGAGACGUCUGCUGGGAGAUUGACUGCACUGCUCACCUCGUCAUUGUGAUGGGUACUCAAUUCUACGAGGGCCGAGAACAUCGGUAUAUUGAUUAUCCUAUUAGCGAGAUCUUGCAGAUGUUUGGCAAAGCUAGCAGACCCCUUGAGGAUAAGUCGAGUAGAGGUGUGCUCAUGGUACCCGCCACCAAGCGCGAAUACUACAAGAAGUUCCUGAACGAGGCUCUUCCGAUCGAGAGCCAUCUUCAAGUCUACAUGCACGAUGCGUUUGUGUCAGAGAUCAGUACAAAGAUAAUUGCAUCUACGCAAGACGCUGUCGACUGGGCUACGUACACCUACUUCUACCGUCGACUACUGGCUAAUCCAAGCUAUUACGGACUGACAGACACUUCGCAUGAGGGUCUGAGUACACAUCUGUCAGAGCUGGUCGAGAAUACGCUUAAAGACUUAUCGGCAGCCAAGAUCAUAGAGCUGGACGAGGAAGAUGAUACCGUCAACCCACUCAAUGCCGCCAUGAUUGCCGCCUAUUACAACAUCUCGUUCAUCACUAUGCAAACAUUCUUACUCUCACUGACAGGCCGUACUAAGCUCAAGGGCAUCCUGGAGAUAGUCACAUCCGCUACAGAAUUCGAGUCAAUCCAGAUACGACGGCACGAGGAUCACAUCUUGCGGCGUAUCUACGACCGAGUCCCUGUCAAAAUGGCUCAGCCCGCGUACGAAUCUCCCCACUUCAAAGCAUUCGUCCUGCUCCAAGCGCAUUUCUCCCGCAUGCAACUACCAGUAGAUCUCGCAAAAGACCAAGAGAUUAUCUUAUCCAAAGUACUGAACCUCCUCAGUGGCUGCGUAGACGUCCUCUCUUCAGACGGCCAUCUCAACGCUAUGAGCGCUAUGGAAAUGUCACAGAUGGUAGUGCAAGCCAUGUGGGAUCGUGACAGCCCAUUGAAGCAGAUUCCGCACUUCUCACCCGAAGUCAUCAAAGCGGCUAAUGACUCCGGCGCUAAAGACAUCUUCGAGUUCAUGGAUCUAAUGGACCCAUCCGAGAACAAAGAAUACGAGAAGAUAGUCAAGCGACUCGGUCUCGAUAACAAGCAGCUUGCUCAAGCCGCGACUUUCACGAAUACCAAGUAUCCCAACGUGGAGAUUGAAUUCGAGGUUGAAGACCCAGAAAACAUCGCCACCAACUCUCCUGCUCAUCUCAAAGUCGCGAUUACAAGAGAAGUGGAUGAGGAUGAAGAACCGGAUACGGCGGUGCACGCGCCAUUCUACCCGCAGAAGAAGAUGGAGAAUUGGUGGUUGGUGGUCGGGGAUGAGGGUUCGAAGAAUUUACUUGCGAUCAAGAGGGUGACUAUUGGAAAGAAGUUGGACACAAAAUUGGAAUUUGUGCCUACGAGGGUGGGAGAGCAGGAGUUGACGCUUUACUUGAUGAGUGAUAGCUAUGUUGGUGUGGAUCAAGAUCCGUCUUUCAAAAUCACUGCGGCGGAAGGAAUGGAGGAAGAUGAGGAUGAGGAGGAAGAGGAGUGA